CUCUGUCUGUCUGCCAGGGUCUCCAGCUGCCCCAGUCAACCGGUGUGAGCUUGAGAUCCUCCUGGUGACCUCUCCAGCCUAGGUCCCCCUAGGCCAACUCUGGCCCAAGAUGGGUCGUGGGGCCGGCCGAGAGUACUCACCUGCCGCCACCACUGCGGAGAAUGGGGGUGGCAAGAAGAAACAAAAAGAGAAAGAGCUGGAUGAGCUGAAGAAGGAGGUGGACAUGGAUGAUCACAAGCUGUCCUUGGAUGAGCUAGGGCGCAAAUACCAAGUGGACCUGUCCAAGGGCCUCACCAACCAGCGGGCUCAGGACAUUCUGGCUCGCGAUGGGCCCAAUGCUCUCACUCCACCCCCCACAACACCAGAGUGGGUCAAGUUCUGUCGUCAACUUUUUGGGGGUUUCUCCAUCCUGCUCUGGAUUGGGGCUAUCCUCUGCUUCCUAGCCUAUGGUAUCCAGGCUGCCAUGGAAGAUGAACCAUCCAAUGACAAUCUCUAUCUGGGUGUGGUGCUGGCAGCCGUGGUCAUUGUCACAGGCUGCUUCUCCUACUACCAGGAAGCCAAGAGCUCCAAGAUCAUGGAUUCCUUCAAGAACAUGGUGCCUCAGCAAGCGCUUGUUGUCCGAGAGGGAGAGAAGAUGCAGAUCAAUGCGGAGGAGGUGGUGGUGGGAGAUCUGGUGGAGGUGAAGGGUGGAGACCGUGUCCCUGCUGAUCUCCGGAUUAUCUCUUCUCACGGCUGCAAGGUGGAUAACUCAUCCUUAACAGGAGAGUCAGAGCCCCAGACCCGCUCCCCUGAGUUCACCCAUGAGAACCCCCUGGAGACCCGCAAUAUCUGUUUCUUCUCUACUAACUGUGUGGAAGGCACUGCCAGGGGCAUUGUGAUCGCCACCGGUGACCGGACAGUGAUGGGCCGCAUUGCCACUCUGGCUUCAGGCCUAGAGGUUGGGCAGACACCCAUAGCCAUGGAGAUUGAACACUUCAUCCAGCUGAUCACAGGGGUGGCUGUGUUCUUGGGAGUCUCCUUCUUUGUGCUCUCUCUCAUCCUGGGCUACAGCUGGUUGGAGGCAGUGAUCUUCCUCAUCGGCAUCAUCGUGGCCAAUGUGCCUGAAGGGCUUCUGGCAACUGUCACUGUGUGCUUGACGCUGACAGCCAAGCGUAUGGCACGGAAGAACUGCCUGGUGAAGAAUCUGGAGGCUGUAGAGACCCUGGGCUCCACAUCUACCAUCUGUUCAGACAAGACAGGCACCCUCACCCAGAACCGCAUGACGGUUGCCCACAUGUGGUUUGACAACCAGAUCCAUGAGGCUGAUACUACUGAAGACCAGUCUGGGGCCACUUUUGACAAGCGAUCCCCUACAUGGACAGCCCUGUCUCGGAUUGCUGGUCUCUGCAACCGUGCUGUGUUCAAGGCUGGGCAGGAGAACAUUUCUGUGUCUAAGCGGGACACAGCCGGUGAUGCUUCCGAGUCAGCUCUGCUCAAGUGCAUUGAGCUGUCCUGUGGCUCAGUGAGGAAGAUGAGGGACAGGAAUCCCAAGGUGGCAGAGAUUCCCUUCAACUCUACCAACAAGUACCAGCUGUCUAUCCAUGAGCGUGAAGACAGCCCCCAGAGCCACGUGCUGGUGAUGAAGGGGGCCCCAGAACGCAUCCUGGACAGGUGCUCCACCAUUCUGGUGCAGGGCAAGGAGAUCCCUCUUGACAAGGAGAUGCAAGAUGCCUUUCAAAAUGCCUACAUGGAGCUGGGAGGACUAGGGGAGCGUGUGCUGGGGUUCUGUCAACUGAACCUGCCCUCUGGAAAGUUUCCCCGAGGCUUCAAAUUUGACACCGAUGAGCUCAACUUUCCCACAGAGAAGCUGUGCUUUGUGGGGCUCAUGUCUAUGAUUGACCCACCCCGCGCAGCUGUGCCAGAUGCUGUGGGCAAGUGCCGGAGUGCAGGCAUCAAGGUGAUCAUGGUGACUGGGGAUCACCCUAUCACAGCCAAGGCCAUUGCCAAAGGUGUGGGCAUCAUAUCAGAGGGUAACGAGACAGUGGAAGACAUUGCAGCCCGGCUCAACAUUCCUGUGAGUCAAGUCAACCCCAGAGAAGCCAAGGCGUGUGUGGUACAUGGCUCAGACCUGAAGGACAUGACAUCGGAGCAGCUGGAUGAGAUUCUCAGGGACCACACAGAGAUCGUGUUUGCCCGCACCUCUCCCCAGCAGAAGCUGAUCAUCGUGGAAGGAUGUCAGAGGCAGGGAGCCAUUGUGGCCGUGACGGGUGAUGGGGUGAACGACUCCCCUGCCCUGAAGAAGGCGGACAUUGGCAUUGCCAUGGGCAUCUCUGGCUCUGACGUCUCUAAGCAGGCGGCUGACAUGAUCCUGCUGGACGACAACUUUGCCUCCAUCGUCACGGGCGUGGAGGAGGGGCGCCUCAUCUUUGACAACCUGAAGAAGUCCAUCGCGUACACCCUAACUAGCAACAUCCCUGAGAUCACCCCCUUCCUGCUGUUCAUCAUCGCCAACAUUCCCCUCCCUCUGGGCACUGUGACCAUUCUCUGCAUCGACCUGGGCACUGACAUGGUCCCUGCCAUCUCCUUGGCCUACGAAGCAGCUGAGAGUGACAUCAUGAAGCGGCAGCCACGAAACUCCCAGACAGACAAGCUGGUGAACGAGAGACUUAUCAGCAUGGCUUAUGGACAGAUCGGGAUGAUCCAGGCACUGGGUGGCUUCUUCACCUACUUUGUGAUCCUGGCAGAGAAUGGUUUCCUGCCAUCAAGGCUGCUGGGAAUCCGCCUGGACUGGGAUGAUCGGACCACAAAUGACCUGGAGGACAGCUAUGGACAGGAGUGGACCUAUGAGCAGCGGAAGGUGGUGGAGUUCACGUGCCACACGGCCUUCUUUGCCAGCAUUGUGGUGGUGCAGUGGGCUGACCUCAUCAUCUGCAAGACUCGCCGCAACUCAGUCUUCCAGCAGGGCAUGAAGAACAAGAUCUUGAUUUUUGGACUCCUGGAGGAGACGGCAUUAGCUGCCUUUCUGUCUUACUGCCCAGGCAUGGGAGUAGCCCUCCGUAUGUACCCACUCAAGGUCACUUGGUGGUUCUGUGCCUUCCCCUACAGUCUCCUCAUCUUCAUCUAUGAUGAGGUCCGGAAGCUCAUCCUGCGGCGAUAUCCUGGGGGCUGGGUGGAAAAGGAGACAUAUUACUGAGUCCACAGGAAGAAGAAUCAGCCAUGGGCGAGAUGGGAUGCUCUGGAGACGUUGCAAGGAUGAUUGUGGGGCAGGAUGGAAAAACUGCGGUAGUAUUAAAGGGGGAAGAUUUGGAGAGAGACAAUGAAGCAACUCAGCAGGCUAAGUUGGGGAGAAUGGGUUUAAAAAGAAAACAAACGAGAGUGACCACUCCAUAGACCUAAUUGUGAACUCUCAGAUUAGACUGCAUGCUAGCUCCCAGAUUCUUUUUCAUCUUAUUCCACCCUGUCACCCUGUUGAGGAAGUGGGGUUUGUGCCAGCCCUCUCCAAGCCUUAGCCCUUUACUUCAUCUCCCAUAGAUGAACAUCUGAAGGCAAGGAUCUGCCUAAUUCGGAAGAAGAAACCCUUAGAUCAUCAAGUGUUACUUCAUGUCUUCAGUCCCAUUCCUCUUCCAUUCUUGCCUCUCAUUGUCUUUCCCCUCUGCUUCCCCUCAGAACUUGAAAUCACAAAGGCUUCUCCAAUGAGUUCAAGAGCCUGAGGCUAAGAAGAGAAGCUAGUUGGAGAGGCUGGGCCUGUUCCCUCAGUGAGGGGCUGGAGAGAAGAUCUGGGCAGGCAGGUGGGAGGUAGGGUGUUCUGUCCAGAGGAAAGAGGCAGAAAAGGAAGAAAGGUAGGAAAGCAAUAGUAAUAUUGGGGCAAUAGAAAUACUGCUCCAACACUAGCCUUGAGCUGAAGAGCUGAGGGACAGCGCCCAGGCCCAGAGUUCAGGCCCCAUGACCAGACCCCAAAAAAAGAAAUACUGCUCCAAUACUGCAACAAUAGCACCUAUGUUCAGAAGUUCAGCCUGUCUUGAGUCUCCAGGUAGAUGGUAAAGGUUUAGGCCCUGCAUCCUUCCCUUUUAGAAUAACCCACCAGUAGACCAAAUUCAUAUCUCAUCAGAGUAGCAGCAGAAUAGAACCAGAAGGCAAAUUCAAGCAGUUCCACAGAUGCCACACUGCAUGCCAGCUAGUGUCCCACUGGCCCUUGGUUCACAGUCCUUUUAGUCCAUGAGGCCUAGAAGCAUCCAGAAGCUCCAGCUGUCUCAAUCACAGUGCUUGGCAUCAUCCCACCCUUGAGAAUACUAAGUCCUUAGGCACUCAUGCUGUUCCGGGCCCCUGGAUGCUGUCAGUUGUCUCCCCACACUCUAUACCAAGGAGGAACCUUGACGCUGAUCCUCAUAAAUCUGUCACUCUUGGCACUAGCAAGCCGGCCCUGGAAAAGGAGCUCCUGGCCAUUAGUUGGAAUUGGAGUGAAAUAGUUCCUAACUCCCAGCGACAAGUAGAAUCAGCUUAGGUCAUGUCAUAAUCAGAUCCUUUGAGCUGUAAGAGGGACAAUGUUAAGAGACCUACCUUCCAUCUCUCACAUGGUAGGGCCACUCCCACAGACAAGCAUCCUUCACCCUAAGGGUCACCAUGCUCACUUGCCCUGAGAAGGAGAGGUGGCUUUGGGUUCCUGUGGUAGACACUUUUCUUUACUCCCUCCUCACCUAAUACAAUUGCUCUGUAGGCAAAUCUGCCUAUUCCCUAAACCUGUCCCGAAGGUAUUGGAAACCCUACACAGAAAUCUAGACACCGUAGGAAAAUGGAAGGCCUAGGCAGAAAAGAAGGACAAAACACAACCUUAGUCAGGCCCAUAAACAGCCCGCAGUGGCUUUCAUUUCCCUGCAGUGGAAUUUUGCUUUAUCAGAAGAACCUUGAAAUAAGUGAGUCAUUAUUUUAGGAUGGAAAUCUAAAUCCAACACCAUAUUUAUUUGAGCCCGAUUAAUUGACUGUGGACAAAAGUUCAUCUUUAUGCAAUCAAUAAAAAUGGCAUUUGUUUAGUGAAUUAGCAUAAGCUGAAUUGUUAGGGGUGGCUUUUUUAGUCUUUCUAAAAUUAUACUUUUCAGGUACUUUCUGGAUAUGCAUUUAGAAGUAUAGCAAGUGUAUUGGCUAAUUAUCAUCAAUCCUGAUGUAUUUGUUAAAGAAAUAGCUACAGGAUCUUUACUGUGACCUGUAGGACAUUAGUUUGAGGCACUAUAUAUGUACUUGAAAAUAAUAAAGUUGCAUUUCUUU